UUCCCACUCUUCCCACCAUUUAUAUAGAAAUGCUCCUUCCUUCUUCUUCCUCUUCUCUCUCUCUCUUCUGAGUUUGAGAAAUGGGCAAAGCUUCGAAAUGGUUGAGGGCCCUAUUCGGCGGGAAGAAGCCGGGCCGGGACUCCGACUCCAAGAAGAAAUGGAGAUUCUCCAAGUCCCGAAAGGACGACGGCAACCGCUACGAACCGCCGCACCAGACCAUUAUUCACGGCGGCGAAAAUGGUGCCGCGGCGGUAAGAAACACCGGAAGAGUUUAUUCCGGCGGCUAUUCCACGGCGUACGUUAGCCCGCGAAGAGGAGGCGCACGUUACGGGCGCAGGGAAGUCCGGGCAGCCGUUACCAUUCAAUCCCAUUUCCGCGCUUAUUUGUCGAGACGAGCUCUAAGGGCAUUGAGAGCAUUGGUGAAGCUUCAAGCACUCGUACGCGGCAACAACGAGAGGAAAAAAAUGGCGAAUCAUAUGAGACGGAUGCAAGCUCUUGUUCACGCCCAAGCGCGCGCUCGUGCCUUACGGGUUCUUAAGUCCGAAUUGCAUCAAUCGAGCGCAAAGUUGUCGCACUUUGCGUAUGAUGGUCCAGCUACACCUCAAAGGAUCGAACAAAUGAAGGCGCGAAGCAUUAGAAACGGACAACAUAUGACGUACAAGAGAAGUCCUUCGAAAUCGAGCGGCAAUGUCCUCGACGAAGCGGGGAAGAUGCAUUUCGCUCGUGGCGAUGACGGGAGACAUGACAAGAUUCUCGAAGUCGACACGUGGCGACCGGUCGCGGGGCGUCGACACAUAUUUCACUCGGCGAACCUAAGCCUUAGCUCUGACCAAUAUUGCCAAAGCUUCUCGACUUCCAAAGAAACGCUAUCCGGCGAAGUCCAUUCUUUCGGCGCGCAUAAACACGACCCCGUCGAGCCCGCUUUCUACACUCCCGACAGCAGCCCGCAAGUCUACUACGGAACUUCACGCCGAGCCGCGGCCACACCUAAUAAAACUAAUAGUUUCAAAUCGGGGCCGAGCGGUGGCGGCGGAUACUCCGACCAUCCGAACUACAUGGCGUACACCGAGUCGUCGAAGGCUAAGUCGCGAUCUCUUAGUGCCCCGAAGCAAAGGCCGGCUUCGCACUACGAGCACGUGUACGCGCCGAAGGCUUCGUCGGCGUUGCAUGCCAACUUCGUCGGAAAAGUUUACCCGGGAUCGGGGCGACUCGACCGGCUCGGGAUGCCGGUAGUCGAGGAUGCUGCCCGGUUCAGUGGCUCUUGGUACCGGUUCUAGUAAUGAACCCGGUUCUUGCUUGAAGUUGUGUAUGACUGUGCUUGUCUUCAUUUUGUAUUGAAUAUAAACGUUAACCGGAGUGAUCAUAUAUAUAUAUACUCAUA